AUGAAUUCCGAGCAUGAAAGUGUCCUGAAUGAAACACAAGAAGGCAUAAAGUACGACAGCAUAAUUCAAGAGGAUGAGGAGGAGGUCCAUUCCGAUUUGGCAUCCGUUCCACCGCCACCCCCGAACAACAACAUUGGCUACUCUCGCGGUGCGAUAAGCCUCGAUUUUGAAAGGGUCGUCAAUGAAUACUCGAUUCAGGCAUGCCGUGACCGAAUGACUGCGGAAGCUUCUAGGCACCCGCAAAAAAAGAAUGACCAGUGGAAUUCCAAUAAGGGUUUCGUCGGUCAUGCGGGCAGAUCUGUCACUCGGUGGACAUUGACAGCUGCAGCAGGAUUGCUGACAGGUUUGACUACGAUCCUGAUUGUAUCCGUGACGGAAGAGCUCGUUGCCUUCAGAGCCAGCAGAUUGAGCGCGAAUAUUACGAAUCCAGAAGACCCAAACAUUUACGUGUUUUUACGAUUUUCGUUUUUCAGCUGGAUUCUGGCCUUUUCUUCCAGUCUACUUUGUGUGGCGUGGGUACCAGCAGCUAUGGGAUCAGGUAUUCCUGAUGUGAAGGCUUACUUGAACGGUGUUCGGGUCAAGAGAUUCUCAAGCGUGAGCUUGUUUGUGGUCAAAAUUGUGGGGACGAUAUUAAGUGUCAUGUCUUCUUUGGCGGUAGGAAAAGAAGGCCCUCUCGUUCACAUUGGAGCCAUUGUUGGAGCAAGUUGUUCCAAACUCUCCGUGAUGCUGCCACAUGUUCUCUCGUCUCCUAUCCCAUCGAUAUCAGCCUCUAAAAACGUGGGGUCUGGCAAUUCGAUUCUUUCUCGUAUAUGGCUUUGGAGCACCUCAGAUCUUGCGUAUUUUGCCAAUGACACGGAAAAGCGAGAUUUGGUUACCAUUGGGGCAGCAGUAGGAUUUGCAGCUUCGUUUGGUGCGCCUAUCGGAGGGCUACUAUUUAUUUUGGAUGAUCUGUCAUCUUUCUUCUCUAAGAGGAUGUUUCUUCGAGUUUUGGUAGCCAACGCACUGGGAACCUUCUGUCUUGCACUGUAUAGAGGGGAUCUGUCUCAGUACAGUGUGAUUAAUCUGGGUGACUACAACGAACCAAAUAAGAAUAUUUUUGUCAAUCGAUUUGAGGAAGUCCCAUUCUAUUUCUUGACAGGCAUUAUUGGCGGGGCAAUGGGAGGCCUAUACUCUUCAGUUUUGGAAUUCCAAAAGCGACAAAUGGCGCUUUGGACUGGCGAUGGCAAAUAUACACAUCUCAUUUAUGUCACCGUUUUGAGCGUAGUCACUUCUUUCCUCUUGUUCUCUGUGACCACACUGUCGUUUGGUUGUCGACAGAUUCCCGCCUAUGAUCACUAUCUCGCCAAUGUUGGACACCAAUUCUUCUGUGAGGAAGGCGAAGUGAAUGCUCUUGCGACCAUCUUGCUAGGUUCUCGAGACAAAGCCAUUCGAUGGAUUCUUACUGACCCAGAACAGUUCCAGUGUUUGACACUUCUAACAGUUGGAGGCCUAUUUUACUUUCUGACCCUCGCGACAAUCGGAUCGGCCCUUCCGUUGGGUGUCUUUACCCCGACCGUUCUGAUUGGAGCAAGUGUGGGUGGCGCUGGAGGCAUACUACUCAAAACAUAUGUGGAUUCACAAAUCACACCCUCCACGAUUGCAUUACUAGGAGUUGCGGCAAUGUUAGCUGGAGUCCAACGAUCGACUGUCAGUAUCUGUGUGAUUCUUGUGGAAGGAACUGGUCAAAUCAAAGUUCUGAUUCCAGUUAUCAUCACUGUUGUUGUGGCACGAUACGUUGCAAGUCUUGUACACCCGGAUGGAAUCUACGAGGUAUCAAUGUCACUGAAAGGAUAUCCCUUCCUUAACCACAAAGACAUUAGAUUGUAUGAUAUGUUUGAAGUUGGGGAUGUCAUGAGCGCGCCUGUCAUUACGGUGCGCCCAUACGAGAAAGCAAAAGAUUUGGUUGCAUUUUUGGAACGGUCUCCGGGCCAUGGUUUUCCAGUCGUUGAUUCUGACCACAAAUUGCUAGGAAUUGUCCGCCGGAACCAAAUUGUGGCUCUUCUUGAAUGCGGCGUGUUUGAGAAGACCAAUCCUUUUGAAUCUCGUGCCUCUGAAUCUUGGACACCAACGCCUGGUGUCCACAAAUCACCUCUGAUGCAUUGGGCUUAUCAUAUCAAAGACGAUCGAUAUCAAUACUUGGAAACACAAGACCACCGUGGGAGAGAACACGUAGAUGAUCUGGAAGAUGACGAGUAUGAUACAAAUGAGUACCUCUUGUCUGUUCGAGAUGCCAUAUCGCACUAUCCUGGAACGGAGACCUCGAUUCAUGGGAAUGAAAACAGGCCAAUUCGAGUUGCUGGCGAUGACACCUUGCCUGCAUUAAAUUCGGAAUCAAUGUCGGGUCUGCGGCACUUGAGUUCUGAGUUAUCAUUCGAAAACAGAAACAGUAUUUCUACGGAAUCGUCAGAGAUCAAAAUCCCAACAGGAUUUGGUAGAGUUGGAUCUAGUAGCGAUGGUAGGGUGGUGAUCAAAUGGCUUCAUCCUGAUCACGAAGAGAAGUUUGUGAAUCUAUCAGCAGUGAUGAACAAAGGCGCGUUCUCUCUUCCUGAUUAUUUCCCAUUGUCCAAGGCCUACACUUUGUUCACGGAAUUGGGAUUGAGAUGGAUUGUGGUGACUGGGUCUUACAGUGGUGGGAAGGUUGUCGGUAUUCUGACAAGACACAAUCUCCUACCAUCCCACAUAGUAGAUUCCACAGUAGAGAAAAAAAGGGAGUAG